AUGAAUGUCUCAGCUGACGCGGGUGGAGAGCUGAAGGUGUCGAAGUACGUUCUUGUUGCAGGAGUGCUCGGCCUUACCGCCAUCAAGAUCGUCUCGGCUGGCUUCCACAACUACCAACUGUAUGAGGUGGACCGCUUAGUGAGUCACAUCUCUCGCCAUGCCGAGGCGGAGAACAAGCGGAGGCAGGCGCAGCGCUCGUCAACGCCGCGACCGGCGACGCCAACGGUGAACGCGCUGUCUUCGGACGCUUCACGGCCCCCUUCCCUUCGCGGUGACGAGAAGAACGCAGCAGCUCCAACGACGGCUGCUGCUGCUGCUGCCAGGCCCGGCUCCAUCUUCCUUCACUCCGCUGCGCCGGAGACGUAUGUGCUGCCUUCCCGACUAAAUGGAGGGGUCGGUGCGGCGGAGGAGCGUGCAAAAGACCUCUCACUCGAUGACAGGGAGAGCACUGUGGACGUGAGUGCCUGCUCCCACGGCUUAAGCAGCGUCGCCCGUGGUAAGACAGCUUCCAAGAACACGUCUCAGCCCGCCCUAUCACCACUCCCACCGCCGGUGAUCACUUCACCUCACCCUACCCCGCAACGCAACUCGGUUGCCCGCGCGUCUCUGCAGCCACUGCGGCGCAGCAAUAGCGGUAUCUCCAUCACGUCGGUGCAUCUCGUCGGUGGAGAGCCGGCGCAGUCUACGUCGCAUCUCGUCUCUCAGCUACUCAUGGCCGGGGCGCGGCCGUGCUCAUCUCCGUACCCUGCUGCUGCUGCAGGUGCGUCGUUUUCCGGUUGUAACUCGCUUUCAUCCGCGACGGGCAACUCCUUCUCCGUAGUGGACCGGGGUGUGGCGGAGGCCUCGACGUCGCACCGCGAACCCCUCGCCCUCCCCAGCGGCAUACACGAGGGCGGAGGUAAUUAUGGCAACGGUGCUGGGAUGGGUGAGGGCGUGGUGAAUGAGAUGGAACCGCACGGCAGCGCCAACGGCGACCUCCUCAUGCCGCCCGCACCGGUGAUUAUCUUCGAAGACGCCGUACCGGCGGAGAUAACGGAGGGGACGCCGAAGCUCACCGAGUUUGCCUUGCCGACUGUAGGCGAGGUGGCAGCAGCAGCAGCAGAGCCGCAGGACGCAGAGGCAGGGAGGGACGAAGAGGAGGAAGAGGAAGAGGAAGUGGGGGACAGCCCUUUACCUUACUUCGCCUUCACCACCACGUCCGUCCACAUGGCCCCGUCAGAUGCAGCGGACGCGGUGGCCAACCACAACCGCAGCAACAACCACACGGACGCCACGGCGCCGUUUCUUGCCGCCACGGCGCCACCGUCGUUUCAUACCGGCUCAAACAAUGCGAACAGCAGCAAGGACAAUGACAGCAGCACCGGCCUGCCGCGCGCCUCCGUGCCCGCACCUUCCAUGAACGCGACCGACCGUAACACCUCCCCUCGGAUGGCGGACGGCGGCACGAGCGGCCGCUCCAUGUCGCUCGCCUCAGCGGCCUCCUCGGCGAGCCUCGCACGACCGGUGGUGCACUUCUUCAUCCAACCGCGCUGGGCCCUCGCCCCGUCUCUGUCGCCGACCUGCACCAAGUGGGAAGCCUUUCUCCGCCUGCACCGCAUCUCGUAUGUCGUGCAUGAGGUACACGUGCUGCGCAGCGAUCAGCCGCAGGCGCAGAGCACCGACGUGCCGCAGCAGAUCCAAGACGUCGUGGACCGGCAGCAGCACGACGGACGCCACGGCGGUGACGAUGACGAAGACACGGCAGCGGUGGCAGAGGCGCGUGCGUUUGCAAACGUGCUGACGGAGACGGGCGCGACACAUAAAAUGUGGGGGCGGGUGCGGGCGGAGCUGCACCGCGUCCUCCCUGCUGGCCUUCUGCCAGGCGACCCCCGCACGCAGUACUCCCUGCCUUUCAUCAUGGUCGGCGGAACAGUGCUAAAAGGUUCCUUCAACGAGGUGAUGGCCGAGCUCACACGCCGCGGUCUCGUACGUUCGCUACGCCAGGCGAGGAGAGACGGAGGUGAUGGGGGUGCGGGCACCGUGGCCGCCGGCUCGUCUUCGCCGUACUCACCAGAAGAACAGCUCGCCAUUGGCCAGGCCGUCGAGCGCACCGCGGAGUACACGCUUCGUCUCCUCUACGAGGUGGGGUUGCUGUUGGAGGGCAGCGCCGUCUUCAGCCACUACGCGGCGCAGCUGUGGAGCGGCCACCGGUACUGGGACCUCUUCCAAGUUCGCCGCUGGUUCGUGUACGCGUGGCUGGCCAUCCCGUUCCUAUCGGCGUUGAAGGCAGACGUGUCGAAGCGGUUGCUGGCGCAGGAGCUCGGCGGGCUGACGCGCGAGCAGCUGUACCGGAGCCUGCAGAGCGAUCUCGUGUCGCUGGAGCAACUCCUCGUGUCCUCCGCCGAGACAAUGCUCGACCGUCGCGACACCGAGGGAAAGGAGAAGGAGAAGGAGGACAAAGCUACGGAGGUGCACUUCCUGCUGGGGCGCGAGCCCGGCCCGCAGGACUGUGCCCUCUACGCCUACCUCCUCCCGAUCCUGCGGCUCACCCCACGCGACAUCGCGCACAUCCACAACCCCAACUUCGCGUACAUCUACGACAGCCGCAUUUUUCGAAGCUUUGUGGACCGCAUGUCCCGCGAAGCCUUCCCCGACCUCGAUGUUCUGCUGAACCCUCCCCGUCGGCCGAGUUUUUCCAUGUCGCUGUCGAACGCCGCCUGGGAGUACAUGGAAGACCGCGCCACUCCAGGGUUGGUCGCCAUGUGCAUGCAUGUGAACCAGUGGAACGCGUCGAUGUACCGCUUGAUGUGUCCGUGCCGUGUGGCAUUGCAACGCUGCCUCGAGCAGGCGCUGAAGUCGAAGCCGGUGGAACUCGUCCGUCGUCUGCUGCGACGCGUGAUCGCGAGUGGCCAGCGACUGGUUGCCGAUCGUCAUCGUCGUGUCGCUUCGUCCGCCGACACCACCGUCGCGCAGGAUGGAGAGCACGUCGGCGGCGCGCCGGUGCGAGUGCGAGACACGGCUGGCGCGGUGGAAGGCGCGGCGAUGGGUGUGCCGCAGCCCACCGUACACAUGGACAGCAGCACGCAGGUGACGGGAAGUCUGGACGAGCUCGUGCUAUUGCAAGAUGUCGACGCCCCAGUCGUCGUAGCUACCGUUACCGAGAAGAAGUCAGAAGAAGAGGCGGCGGCUGUGGUUUCGUUGCCUGCGCCUGUCGCUGCUGUGCUAACACGGAAAGGCACGGCGGAGAAGGAAGGAAACGCGAAGGAGGAAGCCGUUGAAACGGAAGUGGGAUGUCCGCGUGACACCGACGAGGGCAGGAAGACGGAUGCGGAUGCUGCUGCUCAGACAAGACCAGCGGCACCAGCCGUGGCGACGACCGAGGAUGACGGACCCGCCGUCUCCACCGGUGCCACACGAUCGCUCGUAUCGCCCCGCAGCUUGGAGAUCGCUGCCUUGACCGGCGAAGGAAACGAAAUAAAGACCGUAGAGACGGAGCAGCAAGCGGCAAGGCCUGCCGCGGCGUCUGUCCCUUCACCGCCGUCUCCACGGGCUCCACCAGCGUCAGCAGCACCGCAGCGACACCAAUCCCCCCAGCCACUUGUACAGGCAUCUCCCCUCUCUCCCCGUGUCGUUCACGCAUGCCUCUUCACUGGUUCAGCGCGCCACAACGCUCGGCGCGUACGCGGCUCGAACUCGCCCGCGCGCAACCCCCGCAGCGGCAGAGACACCGCCGGCAGCACCGCGACGCUGCUCGAGAGGGGGGCCGCCCCGAGUCCGCGGAGAAGUGGAGGCAGCGCAGCGGUCACCUCAGCGAGCGACGCGGUCGGCCCGCGCUUUGCGGUGCAGCGCGCCUCGGGGACUGGAACCAUCUCCCGCUCGCUCGGCUCGACCGUUGGACCGGGUUCCGCAGCACCGGCUGGACCGCCGCAGCACUCGUCAGGUCCAUCGCUCGACUCUCUCAUGGCCAGCGAUGCUGCUGCCGCUGCUACCACCCGCCCGACCACCGCGAAGACAAGCGAGCUGGCCACCCAUUCCUCCAACAGCGUCGCCAGUCAGCUGCGUGUGCCGAGGCGGGUGAUCACGACACGGGCAGCCAGCGCACGCCCCACCACGGUCAGGGAUGACUCCGCUUCCGAUUCGUCGUCGAGCGCGGGGGAGGCGGCAAGCUCGAUGCGGGAGUCUCGUGUCACCGCUAUACAUGCCGCCUCCGUCGCGCGUUCCUCCACCUCCGGCACUCCUGAGCGGGAGCGCCGCCCGUCGGGCCUCACGCCGGGACUCUUCGCCACCGUGGUGCACGGCAAGGUGUACGUGAAGGACGACCUGGAGCACCCAUCCUGGCGCGCUGAGGAGCCGCACCGUCGGUCGGCGUCGGUGGUGUCCGGGAGCAGGUCAGGUCGGGCCUCACCGACGCUGCUCUCGCGGCGCGGGUCACUGGCGGACUCGAACGGCCGCGACGGCGUUCGCAGCCCGGUCGCGACGGCGUUUGGCCGCACCGUGACGCCAAUUCGAAAGUUGCGGCCCUCUCCUGGCGGGCGCCCCAGCCUUUGA